UGUGCCAAUUUGUAUAACAAUUCCAGUAUUCCUCCUCCAUUCUCUCUCUCUCUCUCUCUCUCUCUCCUAUCUGUGGUUGGAGAACGAAAGAAAAGUCCUUCAUUUUCUCUCUACCCAAAGCUGCGUAACCCUCAAUUUCUUUUCCAUUUCUAACAAAAUUCAGAAUUCUUUGCUUUUCCGGCAAUUGAUCCGAAAUGGUUUCCCCGGAAAACACCAAUUGGCUCUUCGACUAUGGAUUGGUCGAGGAUAUCACUCUUCCUGAUGGGAAUUUCUCGGCUCCAGCUUCUGGGUUCAGCUGGCCUAUGCAGCCCUUGAAUGGUUCAUCCAAUUUUAGCGUGGAAAUUGAUGGCUCUUUUGGUGAUUCGGAUGGCCUGAAGGAAACUGGUCCAAAAAAGCGGACAAGAUCUGAAUCAUGCAGUGCAUCAAGUUCUAAAGCUUGCAGGGAGAAGUUGCGAAGGGAUAGGCUAAAUGACAAGUUUCUGGAAUUGGGGUCUCUCCUUGAGCCUGGAAGGCCUCCCAAAACAGACAAGGCUGCUAUUUUGGUUGAUGCUGUUCGAAUGGUGACUCAGUUGCGGGGUGAGACUCAGAAGUUGAAGGAUUCGAAUAUGAAUCUCCAUGAGAAGAUUAAAGAGCUUAAGGCUGAGAAGAAUGAGCUCCGGGAUGAAAAGCAGAGGCUAAAGGCUGAGAAAGAGAAGCUGGAGCAAGAACUAAAAACCAUGAAUGCCCAACCUGGCUUCCUACCCCCUCCUGCCAUUCCUGCUGCAUUUGCUGCUCAAGGCCAAGCUGGAGGCAACAAGUUGGUGCCUAUUAUUAGUUACCCUGGAGUUGCCAUGUGGCAAUUCAUGCCACCUGCGGCUGUUGAUACCUCACAGGAUCAUGUGCUUCGCCCACCAGUCGCCUAAGUUGGCAGCCAAAGCCUAAUUGGGUCUGCAUUGUGGUCCAAUUGUUCAUUUAUUUUGUCACUGCUCUGACUGUAUUAGUUUUUGCUCGUGUAACUGGAUUUGGGAGACCUUUGCUAUCUUCAAGCUUGAAUGAGUUGAUGCUGGUGUUCACAUGUAAUGUAAAUACCUAAGCCGGCAGCUCGUGUAAGUGACCCUUUUUUUAAGGAGGAUUCAGUGACAAUUGGCAGUCACUAGACGUGGUUUCCUCAACCACGCUGGGUGGACUUGGUCACUGGCAAUAGAAGUCACUUCUUUAUGCAGUGUGGUCUCGACUUGAAUUGCUAUCUUGUUGGGAUUGAAUUUAACUAGCUGUGUGAGAGAAGUCAUUUUCCUUCAAUUGCUGAUUUGUUGAUCGCAGUACACUGUAUUUGAUUGAUAUAGAUGGCUAUUUUUACUUCACUUAUGAAGUUAAGGACUUGGCUAAGAUAUCGAAUAAAAAAAUUUGAUAAUG